CAACCGGGGGUGUAAAUGGUUAACCCGACCGCGGCGGCGGCGACGUCACACACCGGUUCCUGCCGCUUUGGGCCGCAGCUCGGGUCUGGAGAGGACAACCACCCCAGAGACGCUCCUGCCGCUUCGCCCCGACAGAUCCCCAGCAGCCGGAGUAACGCCGACGCCGACACCGCCGACCACCACCACCCCGUCGAAAUGGGCAACUUCCAACCCACAAUCGUGCCCUAUGAGGAUUUUGAUGUCUUAGCUGACAUCAAGGCCAUCCGCAAAGCCUGCAAAGGCUUCGGAACUGAUGAGCAGGCCAUUAUUGACGUCCUGGCAAACCGCAGCUCAGCUCAGCGUCAGGAAAUUAAACAGGCCUAUUUUGAAAAGUAUGACGAUGAGCUGGUGGAUAAGUUGAAGAGUGAGCUGUCAGGAAACUUCGAGAAGGCCAUCCUCGCCAUGCUGGACCCGCCCGUCAUCUACGCCGUGAAGGAGCUGAGGAAGGCCAUGAAGGGAGCGGGCACUGACGAAGACGUCCUGGUGGAAAUCCUCUGCACCGCCACCAACGCUGACAUCGCCAUGUUCAAGGAAUGCUACUUUCAGGUGCAUGAACGUGAUCUAGAAGCAGACAUCGAGGGAGAUACAAGCGGGGAUGUGAGAAACCUCCUCAUGGCUCUUUUGCAGGGCAACAGAGAUGAGAGUUACGAGGUGGAUGAGGUUCUGGCUGAACAAGAUGCUACUUCCCUGUUUGAGGCUGGUGAGGGUCGUUUCGGGACAGACGAGUCCACCUUCAGCUACAUUCUGGCCUCCAGAAAUUACCUGCAGCUCCAGGCCACCUUCAAGAUAUAUGAGCAGCUCUCUGGAACUGAAAUCCUGGAUGCCAUUGAGAAUGAGACUUCUGGGACACUGAAAAAAUGCUACAUUGCUCUUGUGAGAGUCGCUAAGAACCCUCCGCUCUACUUUGCCAGGCGCCUGAACAAGGCAAUGAAAGGAGCAGGCACCGAUGAGGACACCCUUAUACGUAUCAUUGUGUGUCGCUCUGAGUACGAUUUGGAGACCAUCAAAGACAUGUACCUGGAGAAGUACGACGUGUCUCUUAAGGACGCCCUGAGGGACGAGUGCGGCGGCGACUUUAAACGCCUGCUCCUGGCUAUCUGCCACUGAGAGCGGGAGAGGCAGGCGGGGCGAAGGCGGCGGACGGAGACAGCAGCGUAUAUUCACAGAGAGAGCGCCGCCGUCUUCUGUCUGACAAACUAACAGUACUCAGUCUCUCCAUGUAACAUUAUGUAGGGAGCAGGAGGGUGGAGGAGGGGAAAGAAUUAACCAGGUUCAUGUCUAGUCCAAGCUGAGUUACUGUGAAUGCAAGGGACUCAUUUUUUUAACCAGUGUGUGAAACUGUGCGUGUCAAUCACUGCCCCUUUUCUUAAUCGUUUUUUUUUUUAGCUUCAGUUCGUAACACAUUUACCAGCAAUCACGCAGCGGCCAGAAAAUUUUCAGUCGGUGUCAACGAGCGCCAAAUUUGUACAUCUCCGCCGCCAGCUGUGGUCACACUGAUGCAGUUGCAAAGGGGGUGAUGUGAUCAGGUGGUUCAUGACUUAACAGGAUAAUUACGUUGUGAAACACAAGACACGUUUUUACACUGGCAAAAAGAAAGAAAAGAGAAAAGUCAGCUAUGGCCUAAGUGUGUCCUUCUGCUGCUGCAUAUACUAACACGAUGAGACAAUACUGUUAAUUUAUUACCAUUGUAUAAAUCUUAUACUAUUUUAGAUCAAAUAAUGACCCCCGGGGGCAUUAAUCUCUCACCCUCCGCGCCCCAAACCUCAACGACUGUUACACCUCACUGCUGUUUGAAUCUAGUGCAAUCAUCACUCCGUGUGGCUCGAAAAGCCUGUGCUUUUUAAAUGAGGAAAAAAUGUGAACGUUUGUAAUGACGGAGCGCCAGCUGAUGUCGAGAAGGAUAUGCAAUGUUGUGGGAUUGGAUUUUCUGAACUGUCUUCACAGCUCAUUCACGAGAGAGAUUAUAUAUAUUAUCAGUUGCUUAUUGAAAGAAAACUAUAUAUUAAUUUUACAAUACGUUGCAUUUUUUGUCCAACACAACUAGAAACACUUGACAAAUCCGAACACACCUCACCUUGUUAUAUAUUUUUUUGUAUUUGACAACUAACACAGUAGAGUGUUUUAAUAUAUGGCAUUAUUUCGUUGACUGUUUUAGCUGUUGAGGUGAGCUGAACCUUUUAACAUCUGGAAGGCUCUGACGUCUGUGUCGUUUGCGUGUCCCUAUAAGGCAGCUGGGAUUUUGUUAAAAUGACCACUGUUGUAAACAUUUUGCCACAGGCGGAGUGGACACAUGACCAGAGCCUACAGUUUGGUCGUGGAAACGGCGUCCUUCGCCUCUCUGCGGCCAAGGAAUUUUAGUCUAACUGCAAAUAAAGUUCCCUGCAACGUCAUGGCGUGUUGAAUGUUCUGGUGAGGCGAUGCACAUAGAACACACAGUGUUAUGCAGCCCCAGCGGGCCUCGUUUCCCUUCUAACACGACUCAACAAACUAGCACACGCAUCUGUAGUGGUUAUGAUGGUAAUCAGAAAUAAAGUGUUCAUUUUUUUGAAUCACAA